AUGUCUGGACGCGGCACAGGAGGAAAGCUGAAGGUGAAGAAGCAGACGCGGUCGUCGCGAGCUGGGCUGCAGUUCCCCGUCGGACGGAUCAACCGAUACCUACGGAAAGGCAACUAUGCCGAUCGCAUCAGUGCCGGUGCCCCGGUCUAUCUGGCUGCCGUGCUGGAAUAUCUGACUGCAGAAGUUCUCGAGCUGGGUGGAAACGCUUCACGGGACAACAAGAAGACUCGGAUCACCCCACGCCAUCUGCAGCUGGCCAUCCGGAUUGACGAGGAGUUGAACCGGCUUAUGCUCGGGGUCACGAUUUCGAAGGGCGGCGUUUUGCCAAACAUUCAUGCCGUCCUGCUGCCGAAGAAAACCCAGGAAAAGCGGAACCAGGGGAAUCAUUGGCGAAAGCGAAUUAAAUUCUGACUGCGUCGUUAACAAACCAAACCGUCCUUUUCAGGACGAACAACAUUUUCACGAAAGAGUUACUCUACAAUCAGUUCCUUUUAUAUCAGCAAAUUCCGUAGCCAAUUUAUCCCCUUGUGGCCAAUUCGCAGCCCUGCCCUGCCCCAGUUGAUAAAUGCUUUUGCGCCCGUUCAAAUUUUGCGAAUUGCGAAUGGAAUUGCGUUUAAACUCGCGGAAUUGCAACCACAGUGGCCACUUCGCCACCACCACAAAAAAACCCGCUUCACACUCCCGACCGACCUGGCGGAACUGCUUCCUUCGAAAAGCAACCACCACUAAAACGCGCAACGUGGAAUUGCCACAACGUCACCACCACCGAACGCGCGGAACCGCACCUCAAAAACCUCGCGGAGAGCGAAAGCUUUUUGAGGCAACUUAAAAAAAAACUUCCGCGUAACUUUUUAAGCGGGAACGCAUUGACAGAUCCGCCGACGCCUACUAGAUGCAGAUGCAAUUAUCUGUACAUCCAAAAUUUGGUUUUCGAACCUACAGACAUUGCGGUUGUUGCGACGCAUCCUGGUGGCGAGUAGAAACAUUACUACGGCAUGCGUGAGCGUUUGUUUAUUACGUAACUCAUUUAACAUUUCUAGAAACCAAGCAUUAGAAGCAAAUAGCAAGCGAGUACUUCACGCAGUAACAAUGGCCUAUCUACAAUCACUUAGCUUAGAAUAGUUAAGUAAAGUAAAACGGCCGUCAUCUACAAUCAACUUAGAAAAUUUGCUGGGCUGAUAUACGUUGCUAUGCAAUUGUUGCAAAAUAUGGUAAAAUAGCAAUAUUUGUCAAACGGCGGGUACUUUGUUUACAAUU